UAAACAAACUUUAAGGCAAGCUGCUGUCGCUCUCACACUGAUCCAAAAUGCCUGCAGACUACAGUGGACGCUGGGAGAUGGUGACCAACGAGAACUUCGAGGAGUUCAUGAAAGCCCUCGACAUUGACUUUGCCACCAGAAAGAUAGCGUGCCAUCUGCAUCAGACAAAAGUGAUUGUCCAGAAUGGAGACAAGUUUGAGACCAAGACCCUGAGCACCUUCAGGAACUACGAGGUCAACUUCACCGUGGGCGAGGAGUUUGAGGAGCACACAAAGGGCCUGGACAACAGGAAAGUCAAGACCCUGGUGACCUGGGAUGGGGACAAGCUGGUGUGCAUUCAGAAGGGGGAGAAAGAAAACCGUGGCUGGAAACACUGGAUCGAGGGUGACCUGCUACACCUGGAAAUCACGGUUCUCGACAAAGUCUGCCAUCAAGUAUUCAAGAAGGUGCAAUAAAACUGGAAGGGUUGUGUGUACUACUGUGUACUGUGUGUCCUGCUGCUGUGUGUUUCAAU